UCAAAAACAAGCAGACCCCCUACAUAGACAGGGUCAAGGUCAAUGCUGGGACCGUCCCGCCCAGACGAGACCCUCAAAGCUGGGCCGGAUUGCUCAUGGGAGCUUCAGAGGGAGCGGACCUACGUGGACCGAGGAUUAUCUGUGCACAUCAUCAAGUCGCGAACUGAACGCUGCAAGCUGUCACCUUCCCUUUCCCUAUGAUACGGAGCUCAGACACUCGUAAAAACCUCUCCUGCUGUAUACUCACCAUCUGGGGGUUCGUCUGAGGAUACAGCGGAAGAAGAGUUGAGAUGAGUGGCUCUCCAGCAGAGGGCAGAGUAACACCAAGCAGGACUCCUGUCCGAUCAGGUACUCGAACAGUGAGCGCUGUCAGGAUCACACCUCUGAAAACCAUGAAAGGCUCUCCUGACCUGAUUCCUGCUGCAGAUUUGGACGGUAGAAGAGUGUGCAAAGGAAAAGGAGUGGUGACCCUGAGGGCCACCCGGGUCCACAUCGACGAUGAGGGCCGCGUCAGCGAGGAGCCAAGCGUCAUCACAGCGCCAAGUGGCUGGACAAGCCAGAUUAAUGGAGACAGCUCCAAAGCAGGACUGGCUGAGGGAGGCAACAACAACACAGCUGAUUUACCUCCUGUAAACUACACCCAGUGCCAGACAAAUCUGCCCAAAAGCAUAAAAGAAAAUCAAGCUCCACCUUCCAGUGAAAUUCAGAAAUAUAUCACAACGGCUUCCACUUUUGUUUAUCCCUCCACUAGCACAGUGAACCCCACCAUAGUGCUGCUGCAGCACAACAGAGAGCAGCAAAAGCAUCUUUCUCAUUUGGAAGACCCUACCCCAGAGUGGGACGAAAGUCCUGAUCCUUGGAGAGACUCAUUCAGUCCGGUCAGUGACAUGGACGGGAAGAGGCUGCGGCUAUCACUGCACUCCCCUGUCCUCACUCCUCUCAACCAGCCCAUUGUGCCCGUACGGAACACUGAAAAGUCCAAAGACUGGUAUAAGAACAUGUUCAAACAGAUACACAAAUUACCUGAGCCUAUUGAGGAAAACCCUUACCGCCCCACCUACAUUUUCCCUGAGAACUAUGACAUUCAGAUGAAACCCAAAGACGACGCUCCCACCCCACUUGGCUAUUUGGAAGAUGUGAGACCAGUCCCACGGUCAAAAAGUGACGACGAGGUCGAUUUGAGGCGCAGAUCGAUGCCGGUGCCAACGCGGUCCUCUUCCCUCAAACCCUCUGCCAAAAGGAACGAGUGGGAGCCCCCGGAUAAAAAGGUAGACACCAGGAAGUACCGCGCGGAGCCCAAGAGCAUCUUUGAGUACGUGCCGGGGAAAUCGUCGGUGCUGAAGCAGGAGAGAACGACUCAGGAUGUAAGUCCAGAAGAUGUAGAUUUAGAGAAUGAGCCUUGGUAUAAAUUCUUUUCAGAGAUGGAGUUUGACAAAGCGAGUGCCCCCUCUUUCAGCCCCCUGGAAACAGCCUCCGACCUGCAGCAGCAGUACAAGUCUGGACACAGCGAGGUGGAGAAGGACGGAGGAUCCUCCACGGGUGAGCCUGGGGCUCAAGAAUGCGACCGCCAUGUUUACAAGAGUGUCCUGGAGGGCGGCGACAUUCCCUUACAAGGUCUACGGGCUCUAAACAAGCGCCACGGCAGCUCCUCCUCCUCUAAAGUGGAUUAUAAAGGUGGGAAUGGCUAUAUAAUUUCACACUGCUCCUCUGUAAAUAGUCGAUCGGUCUUUGCCAGUAAUGCAAUAGGUAACCAGUGUAAGAAUAAGAAGCCUCUGUCCGCUGCCAAAGUCUGCAUACCCCAAAUCCUGCCAUCUAAGUUCAAGCCCAAGCUGCUGCCACCCAGUGGCAACAGCCAGGACGACAGGACUGCAGCCGUCCGGCACCCGAAGGCCCACAGCUGUGAGGAUCUCUACACGGGGCCAUGUGACAGAAACUGUGCCGGAGCGGAGGGAAUAGAGAGCGGUGAACACUCGGACUCUAAGUCCAGCUGCGGCAGUGAGUGCGCGCACGGUCUCGGGAAUGUUUCCCCUGCAAUUAGGAGGAGCACGUCUGAGUUUUCCAGCCUGUACAGGACCAUGCAUCACAUCCAGCGGCCCAGCUCGGCAGGCUGCAGCCCCCACGGCAGCGUCCGCAGCCUGGCGUCUCUUUUCGAGAAGGCAAAGGCCGACGGGGGUGAGAGGUCGGAGGCCGAUGAGGGGGGUAGCAUUCCGCGGGAUUCUGUGUCGUCGCGGGUCAGCGAGUUCGAAAUGAUCAUCCAGCGGUCCAGCUCGGCUCCCAGCCGCUCCUCCUCCCUGCCCACCCUGCACUCCAGCCACAGCCCCAACCACAGCCCUGGCCACAUCUUCAUGGCGUCUGCGGUGUCGGCGGAGUCCCUUUUGGUAGCCGACAACACACAAACAGAUGUCUGCUCCCAAGUGGAGCCAGAGGGCAAAAGCUCUGGGGAGGAGGCCUCGUCGCAGGACAGCGCGGCCGCGGAUGACGCCGCUUCCUCUUCGGAGGACGGACAGAACGCCAGGGCAGAGUCGCCCUGCAACACGGAGGCUGAAGUUGAACAGAUCUUCAGCGAAAGCUCUCCGGAAAUAACGCUCCAGAACGUCAGUGGAUCAAAGAGUCCCUCAACGCUGCUUCCAGCCUCCUCUCCUCAAAACAACAAUCUCCACCACCACCACCACCAUCACCUCCACCACUUGAACCAUCAGCACCUCCUCAAACCCAGUAAAUGCAAAGGUUCUUGCCCGGCCUCCUACACCCGCUUCACCACCAUCCUCAGGCACGAGCGGCAGCAGGCCUUGACCCAACAGGAGCGGCCGCCGCCUUCGGAGAAGAAGACCACGCUGCCCGGGAACCUCUUCCUCAUGGGCCCUGCUCCGUUCAGGCUACGGAAGAACCUGCAGUCCCACCAGACCCGCAGGACGCUCUUAGCCACCAAGGUGACAAUGGGCACCCAGAGGCCCUGCAGCCUGUCCCCCGAGCUCAGACCUCUAAUCCCCCAGCGCCUGUCCUCCCUGGAGGUUCUGGAGAGGCUGAGUAACGUGGAGGGGACUGACCACCUGAGUAACGGGCAGGGCUUGGACGCCAACGGGAACCUACUGCAGCCGCUGGCAGCUCACCGCAGAGACUCGUCCCCAGCUCACGGAGAAAGCCCCGAUGAGGUGUUGAGGAGGCGCCAUGGGGACAAAGAGAAAAUGUUGGAGGAGCAGCGGCGGCUCAAGCGGGAACAGGAAGAAGCUGACACGGCGUCAAGACGACACACGAGCAUUGUCCCGACACACCACCAGUUCAUCACCAACGAGCGGUUCGGAGACCUGCUCAACAUCACAGAUAACGCAGAGAAGAGGAAGUCAGGCAUGGAGAAAACUCCAGCCAUGGCUCGUUUUGACUUCAGAGCAGAAACUCUAAAGGAGCUACCAUUUCAGAAGGGAGACAUUGUGUAUAUAAUUCGACAAGUUGAUCAAAACUGGUAUGAAGGCGAGCAUCACGGACGAGUUGGUAUUUUCCCACGAAGCUAUGUCGAGCUCCUGCCUCCGACAGAGAAAGCGCAGCCAAAGAAAAGUGCCGCGGUGCAGGUACUGGAAUAUGGAGAAGCGGUGGCGCGCUUCAACUUCAACGGGGACACGGUGGUGGAAAUGUCCUUCAGAAAGGGAGAGAGGAUCACGCUGAUUCGUAGAGUUGAUGAGAACUGGUACGAAGGCAAAAUCGCAGGCACCAACCGCCAGGGCAUCUUCCCCGUCACCUACGUGGAAGUGCACAGACGACCCCGUGUCAAAAACGCGAUGGAGUACCCCGACCCCCCCGUCAGCCAGUCGCCACAGCGCAGCACCAACGCUUCUCCUCAGCUGUAUCGUAACCGUCUGACCACCUCCCCCCUGCCUCUCCCUCGCUCCUCCCGCCGCUCCGUGUCCCCCGAGGUCCACGCCAUCUCCUCCGAGUGGAUCUCCCUGACCGUGGGUGGCGGGAGCCCUCCCGCCGCCCCCACCCCUCCCCUGCCGCCGCUGCCCACCGUGUCCUACCGCUGCGGCGAGUACCUGCCCCCGCCUUUCUCUGCCAGCCCCGUGCCUCCCAUCACCGGCAGCCCGUACGGCAUCUCACCCGUGGCCUCCCCGUCCGCCUCCCCCCUGCCCCCGCCUUACCCGCCUCGGCCCAGCUCGGCCACCCCCUUCCUCACAUUCACCCCGCCCCAGGUGGAGGACUUCCUGCUCUCCUCCGCCUCCCCGUACCUGUCGCGCAGCGACAGCCCGAGCGCUGGGCCGGUGCUGGAGGGCUGGCUGAGGGGGGAGAAGGAGCUGGCGGAGGGGGAAGGCACAGAGGGGAACAGGGGCAGCGCAGCCCCGGGCAGAAGGCGAAAUUGUCCUGCAGAGUUUGUGAAGAACGAGGCUGAUCAUCAUGGACGGAGCUCCAGAAGCCCCGUGAUGCUGUUUGACAUCCAGGACAACAACAAUGUUAACUCCUUUGCGGAGGCAGUGUGUAAUGAGAUCUUGAAUAUAGCUGAGACCUCGGUGAGGUACUGCAGCACCCUGUCCCACCACCAUAAUGACUCUGUCCAUAGACUGCUCCCCCACCCCAGUAAACAAUCUCUCAUCAUUUCCCAGCAACCCCUGUCCCACAGCAGCAGCCCGGAGCCGAGCCGUCUCAGCUGUGGAAUUUUCCAGGCCCUGUACAGUUAUGUGCCACAGAAUGACGACGAGCUGGAGCUGCAGGAGGGAGACCUCGUCAGCGUCAUGGAGAAGUGCGAUGACGGCUGGUUCGUUGGUACAUCAAAGAGGACAAAACUGUUUGGGACUUUCCCUGGGAAUUACGUGAAGGAGGUGAAACUGUAAAAGAUACGUAACACACGGUCGCCUGUCGAGCUUGGGAAGUCAUUACUACCGCGCAUGGCUGUUGGUUAGAAUAGUCCUUAAAAGCCAGGCGAACUUGCUUUUUGUCUGGGAAAGUGAUCAGAACGGACUGAGGUAUGUCAGACUGCACGAGGCGCAGACAGAGGCGGCUCGCUGCCCGGGCCUCACUACAGCGUACCACCACCUUUUUUCACACGCUUCUCGACAGAAUUCGUCCCGUCUACACACACGUGGAAUGUCUCCGUGCACAAGUGUCCCACAAUUUAGCUUUCGGUUGUACAAAUAAUAGCUUCCACAUUUGUCCGUGUAACCUUACAGCACAACUGAGUGUUUACAUACGUAGCACCUCGGGUCCAGAGGCCGGCAGCAGAGCAGUGGAUGGAACAAAGAGUAGGUCUUAUUAUUAGUAACUGGACAUUGAAGGAGGCAGAAUGUAUUUAUAUGCGGGUGUUGGGAUUGGAGGUGCUAGUCAUGAGCUACCUUUCAGGAGGCGAUUGGAGAAGUGAACCAUGCAUCUUAUGAGAAAAAAACAUAAAACAUGAAAUUCCUAUUGAUUUUGCAUCUGAAACGAAUCCUUCAGAGUUUGCGUCGACUUGUCAAAUUUACAGAAAAGUGCUUAAAACCAAUGUCCUCUUCUUAAGUUUAAAUAUUUAAGCCUUAUGUAAAAAAGGAAAAGAAAAAAGCAUAGGAACUGGUUUGAAGUAUUCUUUCGUUUUUUAAUAUUCUGAAUCCUCAUUAAGUCAGUAUUGGCUGCUUUUUUGAAGAACGUCAAAGCAUUCAUGACUCAAAACGUGUUACGUACCGGUUCAGUAUUUGCCUUCAUCCUCAGAGUCAUUUAGUGCAUGAGUAGAAACACGACAGUGUUAGCUUCUCUCUUUCUCUCAGUUUGCACAGAAAACACAAUCACGAAACACUUGAACUGUGUUGCAUGUCACAAAGUGUGUAUAUGCACAUCUUACAUUUGUCCUUUUUUUUUAUACCUCCUCCUCUUCCGCUGACACAGACGUAAACUGUGUCGGCCGAUCGCCUUUAAGGUAGCCGGUGGCAGACGCCUGGCUUCAGCGCAACCAUAGCACAGGCGUGGUAGCACUUAACUUCCUGUUUGGUCAUUUGGGGAAAUUCCACCUAAAUAAGAGAGCAGCAGAUUAAUCGGCGGUGACCAAAAGCUAUAUAAUGUAAUGUUUUAAAUGAAAAGCCGGCGAGGUGUCUUAGAAUAUAAUCAUACACUGAUUUUUGAAAAAAGCAUAUUGAGAUUUUAACCGCGCCCUUACUGACAAGAUUGUAUGUGUAAAUAGAAAUGUAGAAAACUUUUAAGAGGCCUUUCAAAUACGGCUACAUAUUUUCAUAUGUAAUGACUACAUCUACAAGGUCAACGUUAGCUCCGCAUGUCAAAAAACAGAAACCGAUAAGAGACGGACAAAUCAGACCGGAGCAUGAAACACUAUCUUCCUCGACAUUUGCACCUUCCUCUCGGGAGAAAGGCGGAGGCGCGUUGGCAGGGCUCGCCGCGAAUCCUGCUAUCAAAGCAUCGGAGGCGUCUUCCUGCCAGCACAGAGCUCCCACAUCUCCCGCUGCAUCAGAUCCUGUAACAGGCACCACGUGUCAAAAUAUCUCCUCAACACACACACACAAAGACGCUAACGGUUGUUUUCUUUUUUUUUUUUUUUUGUUUCUCCCCCUUUUUCGUCAAAUUCCUCGUUGUCAUCGGUUUCUGAAGUGUAGCAGAGAUGUCAAAUAAUCCUUAGCGCUUGUUAUGACCUGUUCGGCGCAGGCCGGUGUAGUUUGUAGAAGAAACGCUCAAAGAAAAGUUAUAAAAUGAGUUUAGUUUUUACCAGGGAGGCAGUGAGCAUCAUCGUCACUUCCCUGCAGCUCUAAUCAAACCAGACUAUCACCUUUAAGCGUAGCUCCACACAACUCCCUGAAAACACCAAAUCAGAAGCAUAAUGUGAAAUAUAGAAGACACUAAGACUCUAGAUCUAGAUUGUUCUUGUUUUUUUUUUUUUUUGCACCUGAACGCUACAUCUGUUCUGUGCAGUGAUGAUGAACAUGGACUUAAUUCGUUGGAAGCUGUAAGUGAUACAUGAAGUUUGGUCAUUUUUUUUAACCCAGUCAGUGUUUCAUCCCGUCUGACGCUCGCUGUUAAAUCAGGUUUAUCUUAUCUUGCGCGGAUCACGACUGACUCGCCAACAGGAGUAUUUUCUCAGCAAGAUAAAACACAUAGCUAUGAUAACUACACCGCGUUGUGGGUUUGUCUGUGUGGCACUGAUAUAAUGUUCAUGUAUUUUGUUUCACCGCAAAAGCUUGUUUUUGUUUUUUUUUUUCCCACCUCCUCCACUGCUGGCUAAAUAAUUUUGUUGUUCCACCUCGUGAAUGUGCUGAUUGAGUCUGUUUUGAAGGAAUUCGCUCCGUUUCGACAACAUGGAGGGCUAAUAAUCAGUCAAAUCAAUCGUUUUUUUCUUCAUAAAAGCAUCGCAGGAUGUAUGAAUGUAUGAAUAUAUGAAUGUGGUGCAGGCGAUAUGUAAAAAAAAAUAAAUAAAAUGGAAAAAAAAAAACUAUCGGCACAAGAAGGAUUGUAAAUAUGUAAAAUAAAAUAAAAAAAAAUAAAAAAUACUGCGAGGAUGAGGGCGUCGCAUCGAGCUCUCGGUCACUCGCUGCAGUUUAUUUGCCUGAAGGAAAGCACAGAGUGGAGCGUUACUGAGCACAGGGAGUUUGACGCAUUGCCAUUUGUGAGGAUCAUAAUGCCUUAUGUUAGACGCAGAAUUGUGCCUCAUUUCACUGUUUUUUUUUUGUUUGUUUGUUUUUGGAGCAUCACUGAAAAUGCCUCCAUGACAAUAUUUAACGUACUCAUGGUUUUUCCCGUUAGUCCUAGUCUCCGCCACAGGGAGAACAUGUACUAAAGAACCUGUCUGUUACUGUACCAGUACCUAAAAGUGUGACACAGUGCUUCAACAAUAAUGAUUAAUAAUCAUAAGAAUGGACUAGUUUGAUAAGACGCACAACCUGCAACAGGUUUGGUUUGUUUGCUUCAAUUUGCAGUGCUGUUACAUUGACAAUAUUAAAAUAAAGAUACUAUACACUGCUGUGACUUCGGUAUUAUGCAAUAUUUAAUAAACCAUUUAAACCA